AUGGCUCCCCGCUGGCCCUCCCUGCUGCUCCUCGCCUGCGCCCUGGUGCUGCUGGCCGGGCACCCUGGCAGCGCUGGCCCCACGCAGCCCACCUACCCUGGGGAUGACGCGCCCGUCGAGGACCUCGUCCGCUUCUACAAUGACCUCCAGCAGUACCUCAACGUGGUCACGCGGCACCGGUACGGCAAGCGGUCGGACAGCCUGGUGCUGUGCGAGGAGCCCUUCGGCACCACAGGGUGCUGA